CUUGCGCCAUCGAACUCUCGAGGUCAGAGGGCUGAACAAAGUGCUGUCAGAUCAAGCCCGUUUUUCACUCAUUCUUUUUCAAAAGAAAUAAUACUCAACACAAGAAGUAAGAUCGACAUUUCAAACCUCCUUUAUGGACAUUAAUAGAUUCUAACAAAAGCAACACUACUUACUUCACCAUUAGAAAAAAAAUCAUGGAUGAUGACAAUGAUUAUGAUGAUGACCUUGACCUUGAAUCUAUGCCAUCCAUAAUGGAAAUUUGCUCUUCUUUGGAACAAAUCAUCCAAAAUACAAGAAACCCAAAUAGUAAAGAAGAGAGAAAUGAAASACAUSAAAACAGCAAUGAUACCAMGGCCAUAAUGAAUGAGAAACCGAAAAAUGGUGGCAAUAUURGUGUKUCAUAUARAGAAGCAAAAUAUGUGGCAAAAAGUGAAGUUCAUGAAGUUAAAAGUGGGACAUUGUUUAAAUAUCCCAUUGGUGUCCAGGAUACCUCUGACAAGAGGUUGGAAAAUGUCAGUAAGGARGAUUGUAAUCUUUCUUCAAGAAAUUGUCCAGAWUGGAGUGCUGGUWCACAGYGUAAGGGCACRGCUGGAUCUCCAGAUAUGUUACAAGAAGAAAAGCUAAAUGACUGCAAAAAUAGUAUAUCUUUUAGAAAAGAAAAACAAGAGAACCAUACGAUAUAUAAGGGAAAUCUUGAAGUAAGAAGGCAAUAUGCGCCUAAAAGAAAGAAACUUCAAUUGCUUAAUGAAUAUUAUUACAGUCAUAACCCAGCUCCUUUUCCUCUUGCUUGUAAAAUCUGCCACAAAACAAUACUUACCGAAAAGGAUAUUAAUUUGCAUUACAUAGCACACAGUAAAGAAAGGUAUCUUAACUUGUUAAGUCAUGGAAAGAACAAGGAAGCCCAACCUAUGGAAUACAGACCUUUAUUCAUCUGUCAAAUCUGCAACAAGUCGUUUUUAGUCAAGAGUAAUCUAGAUAGCCAUUACCAAAGUCAUAGCCUACCAAGGACACUGCAGUGUUCCAGCUGUAAUGAAUUGUUUUGUAGCACUACAAAUGUGAAUAUUCCAGUUCUCAAAGAAGUGCAACUCUUUCAGUGCUCAAUGUGCAAGCAGAGAGAGAAUUAUUUGGCAUCUGAAAAAGAAACAUUUGAAAAUGGCAAUGAAGGUUUUCAUCCAGUACACUAUAAAGUUAAAGUAUUUCAGUGCUCAUUCUGCAACCAAGUAUUUAACCAGAAAAGUCUGUUGAAUGCGCAUCAAAAGGCACUGGGGCAUAGAGAAACAUACCCUUGCGUAAUUUGCGGGAAAGUUUUCUUAGGAAAACAAACGUUGCACAAUCAUUACUCCAGGCACAAAUGGCAGAAAUGCACACUGUGCAAACGAAUGUGUAUUACAAAACAUGCUCUUGACAUUCACUAUAAAUAUUCUCAUGGUGACAUUCAAAAACCCUAAUUAUAAGUUACUAAAUUUCCUUCACCUAAACAUUGU